AUGCCAGGCUCGGUUCGGACAAUCGACACAACCUCUCAAAGAUACGACCCUGAGAAGUCCUUACCAUCCUCCCCAGAACAGCAUCUUCCAGAUCCGAUAAAGAAGAGAGAGCUCCUCAUAGAACUACCACCUUCGCCUGCCGACAGCGAUAUCGCGAUGCGUCACGCAAGCCCGAGGGGGGGAAGCCCGUCAAUUACAACAAGCACGUCGGCAACUACGAGGGAGGAGCAACGGAUUACUCGAAAUAUCGACCGUGGCACACCUGGCGACCAGGCAAUAUUCUCAGAUGCGAAGACUCCCGAGCAGAAGCAGAUAGCAAAGAGGAAGAGUCAAUACUAUCAGGAUGUAUUUUCAGCCCGAGAGUCCAACAGUUCAGCUCGUGAACGGGUCCUCAAGGAAUCCCCAAUUUUGGCAGAUGUGAGAACCAAUGUCAUUAUCUCCGAUGAGUACACUUUUAUUACCGACCUGUCUUACCACCUCUCUACUCGAUACCAAAGACCCGAGAAUUCUAUCGUUGUCACGGUGGCACAUUCUUGCUGUAUGCUCUUCGGAGGCAACUUCGAUCCUGCGUAUACCCUUACCAUAACCGCCGUAAACUCUCAACUCCAACCUGCCACGAACAAGCGGAAUGCAACUUUGCUGGCAAAGGCCAUGGAAGAAAGCCUGGGAGUUGCUUCGAAUCGAGGAGUGGUUAAGUUCUUGGCUAUGUCGGAGGACAACCUGGCGACGGAUGGCAAGACUAUCACCGGCGAAAUCGAGGAGCUGGAGAAGGAAAAUGCUGAGAACAACUCGAGUCUACAAAGAAGUUUAUCUAAAAGCACGGCGAAGAGCAAGCGGAGACACAGCAUGAGGUCCUUGCGAACCUCCAAGAACACUCUCCCAACACACAACGAACACUCCUCUCCCACACCCCCAAUGAGCGCUCGCUCGCGCGAGACCCCGCCACUGCCUGCGAUCCCGAGCGAGAAGAGUCCUAUGGACAAGAGGGCCGAGAAAGCGCAGAAAAUGGGACGGAGAAAGAGCUUUAUUGCUACGAUAUUUGGCAAGGCAGGAUAA